AAGCCGCCAUAUUUUGCAGAUCGAACGAGGAGCUUGGGAGCUUGGCAACGCCAUUAUGUGCGCAUUACAUUAAUUUUCUGUUUGUCAUACAUUCGUCGUGCAUUCGCCGUGAAAUAGCGAAAAACGAGCAUCGCGGUAUUACUCGUCACCGUCGAUUCUGAGCGCUUAAUACGUACGGACGAGGAAUCGUUGCAGCAGAAAUCGAAUAAAUGUUCAAACAACAUGUACAGCAAUAACAUCGACCCUUGGGAGCCUGGCUAUGGGCCGGAAAGAAGAAGUCACAAUUCCGACUAUGACUAUCGCAGUGAUUAUGGAAACAACAGAUCACCAGAGUAUUCGGAGCAUCGUGAUGUCGAUCAUCGUGAUAGGGACCAUCGUAGCCCAGAUUACAGAAAUCACCGUGGAAGAGACAGAGACCGCGAAAGAGAUCGUUCGAGGGAUAGGAGGGACCGUAGCAGAGACGAUCGUGAUCGCAGCUAUAGGGACCGCGAGGAUCGUUAUGGAAGGCAGAGGGAUAGAGACUCUGUAGAGAGAGACAGGGAUAGGGAUAGAGACCGGGACAGAGAUAGAGAUCGUUCCAGGCGCGACAGGGAUCGGGAUAGAGAUAGGGACCGUAGGGGUAAACGGGAGGAUCGGGAUCGCGAUCGCGACGACGAUCACAGUCGGGAGAGUUUGGACUUUGAGCACGACCAUGGUCGCGCUUAUGGCUCAUCCAUGGAGGGGAUCCACUACAAAUCGCAAUCGCCCAACAACACCAUAAUGAUACGUGGGCUCGCUCAGCAUAUUACUGAAAAUGACGUGCGGCAAGACAUCCUCAACUGUGGUCUCAUGCCCAAGGACAUCAGGCUGAUACGAAAAAAAGAUACAGGUGCUUCGCGAGGUUUCGCAUUCGUCGAGUUUAACGCGACUCAGGAGGCCGCACGAUGGAUGGAGAUGAAACAGGGAGUGCUGAUGCUGCAGGAUCAAUAUCGCGCACUGAUGCAAUACAGUAUACCGAAAGAGUGCCAUGUGGAUAAACCGCCGGCGAAGAAUACGCAGGAUUGGCACUGUGUUAAGUGUGGAGCACACAAUUUCAAACGGCGUGAAACUUGCUUCAAGUGUUCCGCCUCGCGAGCGGAAAGCGAGGAGGGUGGGGAAGGUAGCGACGAAAUUAGCCCGCAUCCCACGAACACCGUGCUUUUGCGGGGAUUGGACGUUUUAACGACCGAGGAUUCGGUUCUGCAAGCGAUGAAGAAUCUGUCGUCGAUGCCGAUACGCAGUAUUCGCAUCGGUCGCGAUUCCCUCACGAAUACGUCCAGGGGAGUGUGCUACCUGGAGAUGGGCAAUGUGGUAGACGCCAUGUACUUGCACACCGCACUCACGAAACAAGGACUGGUGGUCGACGGCAGGAAGGUGGAGAUAACAUAUUGUAAGCUUCAUCAAAUUAAUAACGCGAACACGUGGAAGUCGAAUGACACUCAGCCACAGAGGUACACCCUGGACGACGUCGCUCAAUUGGCUGAGUAUAGUGCCAACUUGUAUGCCAAAACGCCUGCACAGAAGGCCCAUUACCUUCAGUAUUAUACGCAGUACUAUCAGAACCAGAUAAUGCAGGGCUCGGCGAUCACAUUGCCAUCCCUGAAUCAGACUGAUCGAGUAAACGCGGCUGCGGCGGUAGCGCAAUCCGCUAUACAGCAGUUACAGGCGUCCAGGAAGCUAGGAGGCGAAACUGACGAUGUGAAAGGACGACCAACUCCUACAGCACCCUCUAGUACAACUUUAGCCAGCGGAAGGGUUCCUGCACACUCCAGCGAUGGAAAAGUAUAUUCUGUACCGGAUGUCAGCACUUAUCAUUACGACGAAUCAUCUGGCUACUAUUAUGAUCCCAGCACGGGAUUAUAUUACGACCCAAACUCGCAAUAUUAUUAUAAUAGCCACACGCAACAGUUUCUUUAUUGGGACGCCGAAUCAUUCUCUUAUCAACCAGCUAAGACUACUGCGAGUACGACGCAGGGAGCUACGAGUACGAUAACAGCAACGGCAAGCAGUACAGAUUCCGCGAAUAUCAGCAGUCAAGCUACGACUUUGUCAGCCGCUAAUGCAGCUCAGGAGGCAGCAAAAGAGGACGAAAAUAAGAAAAAGGACAGCAAACAGGACAAGGUGAAAGUAGCGAAGAAAAUAGCGAAAGACAUGGAACGUUGGGCAAAGACUUUGAAUCAGAAGAAGGAAAACGCCAAGAGUAAUUGGAACUCUGAGUUUGCCGGUAUGGAUGGCAAUCAGGGUGUCGGAAGUGGCGCGGCAGACGCAGGAUAUGCCAUUCUAGAAAAGAAAACUAUCGCGAAUCCUUAUCACGAGGACGAGGAUCAAAGUGGUAACGGAUUAGUGGCUGCUUACGGAGGCGGUAGCGACACGGAAGAGGAGAUAGAAGACGUGCAACAGGAAGAGAAACAACACACGGAUUGGAGUAAACUCGCGUGUUUGCUCUGCAAACGGCAGUUCCCAAGCAAGGAGGGAUUGCUUCGCCAUCAACAGUUGUCCGACCUCCACAAACAAAACCUGGAGAACUGGUAUCAAGUACGCGGUCUAGAUCCUAACGAUCCACAGCAAAGGAACAAUAAGUACAGAGACCGCGCCAAGGAAAGGAGAGCCAAGUACGGCGAACCCGAACCACCGCAGCCCAAUAAACUAAAAGAGAAAUACUUGAAGACUAGAGUGGAGGAGAUGUCGGUAUCUUACGAGGAACCUACACGUGCCGGUAUCGGAUCGGAUAACGUCGGCAAUAAAUUACUGCAAAAGAUGGGCUGGAGCGAGGGAAUGGGUUUAGGAAAAUCUAAUCAAGGUAGAACGAGUAUUAUCGAAGCCGAGAGGCGCGUCCCUACCGCCGGUUUAGGAGCGAAGACUUCGUCGUACAGUGCGUUACCAGGCGAUACCUACAAGGACUGCGUGAAAAAGAUGAUGUACGCGCGAUACCAAGAACUGUCCGACACGUAAUACGUAGGAUACUAUUAAGAUACAGAUUUUAUAUAUACAAGUUCUUGUACUCCAUUUUCCAUAGACACAAUUACACGCUCUCGUAUUGUUAUCCGAAUAAUGUAAUAGCAAUUUACUGGUAACUGCACAGUGAUAGCCAAUUCAAUGGGACUGUGGCAUGCGCCAUGCAAUACGCAUUUUAUACACCCUUGUGCAAAGUCCUGUUCUCGUAUGCUUGAACGAUAUUCUACGUAUAAUAAAUUUCUUUUUUUCUGUAAUAUAUAUACGGUACACGAAAAUACAAUAUAUUGUCAAAAUAUACACAAACAUAUACAUGUGCGCGCGCCACAUUUUAUUUAUAUAACAGCAGUGUUACUCGAACUGAAAACGGAUUAUAUAUUUCUGAUUUUUUCAAGAAUGCAUUUUCCGCACGAGAUCACUCUGUCGAGAUAACUAUAAUUAUUGUAUCAUUGUGUAACGCAAUAAUAUUUGUCCACGAAUAAAUUAUAAAUAAUUGAAUAAUAUAAAAAAAGACAUCGUGGCAAAUGAAUAGGAUCUUAUUCAAAAUUUUCUUUGAAUUGUAUGUUUUUGACAGGUUAAAUUAUUUUUAGAACAUGAAAUGUUUGUUUGGUGAUUCGAUAAGUUAUAUAAAGUUGUACUAAAAAUAAAUAUCAAACAUUAUUAUAUUAUGCAGAAAUAUUUGUAGUAUUUUUUUAAUACAAUCUCUGCGCAAAGUACUAUGUAUUGUUUUAUGAAAGCAUUAUUAACAGUCAAUUCAUAUUUUUUAUAAAAAAUAUGUGAUUUGUUCCUUACACAAUUCGAUGUUUAAAUUUGUCUUUAUAUAUAUAUAUAUAUAUAUUGGCGCAUCUUUUAUAUUUAUUAUAUCAUAAUGGAAUCUAGCGAGUUUCAUUUAAUCAUAUCAGUUGUAAAGAUGUUCAAGCAUUUUGUUUACCUCAUACACAUAUAUACAUUUAUUUUUCUUUUUUAUUACAAUUUUUAUCAUGUUUUGGAGAUAAUGCAUUAUGUUAUUUAUCACUGUAGGAUUUCAAACAUCAUUCUUAUAAUUUACUCUUGUUUUUCUAAAGUCAGCGAUAUUUAUGUAUUAAAUAAUAUUAGGAAAAAUUAAUAAAUGUACAAUGUACUACAUGCAGUUCUAUUUACA